AUGGAAGGAGAAGCGCAAGCAUCGACGUCAGAUACGCGCCAUGCCGGACCAUCCAUCCAAGUGCCGCCGGGCAUGUCAAAGAAUGCAGCCAAGAAGCUGGCACGCAAGCAGAAGCAGGAAGCAACCAAGCACGAGCGCCGUGCACUCGAACGACAGAAGAAGAAACAAAACAAACGAGCACGCUUUCUCGCUGCUCAGCAAGGAUCGCAUACAGGUAGCGACGAUGAUGCUCUACAGACUUGUCAGAGCAAAAGGCACAAAUCUGCCGCUGCUGCAGGCGAGGGUGACGCCAAUCACAAAGAGUUCUUCGAUGCUCGGCUCGUCAUUGACUGCGGAUUCGACGAGCUGAUGGCAGAGAACGAGUCGUCGAGCAUGACGCAACAGCUCAUGUACUUGUAUUCCGCCAACAGGAAUGCAAAAUCUCCCUUCGGCGAGCUCAUUCUGACGGGGCAGGAUUCACCAGCCGAUUGUCUAAAGGAUGUCGACCCGGAGCACCUCUCCCUUGUUCCAAAGCUAGCCGCACCUGCAGACUCAGAAGAUCCGCCGUCAGCAACGACGCCCUCCGACACAAAAGUUGCCAAUGUCGAAAACAACAGGAUCGGCCAGGCCAUGGAUGGCAAGCUCAGAGGUGUUUGGAGGAGGUGGAAGCGUGUCACGAUCUACAAACACGGCGGAAUUGAAUCUCUUCUCUCUUCGCCGUCAGAAGACGCGGCAGCUGCUACCGCUUCCUCUGCAGCCAUCUCUCAGCCUGUCAUAAACGGUCGACACUUUCCUCCAGAAGAGACUCGUCAAGCACUACACCGCAUACCCAUCUCUGACGCUAUCUACCUCACCGCCGACACCGACGACACGCUGACCGCACUAGAACCGGGCAAGACGUACAUCAUCGGCGGCAUCGUCGACAAGAAUCGAUACAAGGGUCUCUGUCGUGCCAAAGCAGACCGUCUGGGGAUCCGAGCGGCAAAGCUUCCGCUGUCACAGGAGAUGCUUGAGGCGGUCGAACGCAAUGUCAGCUCACAGGGCGAUUCCAUUCGGGAUGAUGCGGGUCAGAAUGGACAAGACGAUAAGGGGUUCGUGGGAAGGAAGGUGUUGACGGUGAAUCAGGUGGUUGAGAUCCUCACCGCGUGGACAGAGACACGCGAUUGGGUCACGGCGCUGGAGAAGGCGCUGCCCAGGAGGAAGCUCAAGCAACGUGGUCCGGCUGCCAAGACGAGAGGCACGCAGACCCCCGUGGAAACAGAGGAGCAAGAGGAUGAUGAUGCUGCCAGAAACAGCGCAUGA